AUGGUUCAGAAAGUUCUUCAACUCAAAUGCAAUUGCAACCAGUACCCAUGGGGCAAAAAGGGUAGCGAUUCCAUCGCAGCAAGGCUUUGCGAGAAGACACCUGGCACAGACUUCAAAAUCGAUGAGAAUAAUAGUUAUGCCGAAAUGUGGAUGGGCACAUACCCAGACCUCCCAUCAUAUGUCCUGGAAACUGGCGAAGAUCUCCAAGAUGUACUCGACAAGUAUCCGGAUGAGCUUGUUGGGAAGAAAAUUGCUGAGAAGUUCGGCCACACCAAGCUCCCAUAUCUCCCCAAGGUCUUGUCGAUAGCGAAGGCCUUGCCUUUGCAAGUGCACCCAAACAAAACUUUAGCGUCCGAGUUACACCAAAAGAAGCCAGAUCAAUUCACGGACCCGAACCACAAACCGGAGAUUGCUCUGGCUCUUGGCGACUUCGAAGCCUUUGUGGGUUUCAAGCCCUUGAAGGAGAUUGAGAGUCUAUUGCAACUCGCACCACUCAAGGUCUUUCUGCCUGAGAUCAAGAAGCCAGAUUUUGAUGACCAGACUCUGAAGCAUGUCGUGAAGAUGAUGUUGAGUGCGUCGGAGGAUACAGUGCGCAAGACCAACGACGCCCUGCUUGCGUUACCAAAGGACUCCUUCGGUAGCCAUACCUACAUCCCAGACCUCAUUCCUCGUCUUUCGAAACAGUAUGACCAGGCGGACAACGGUACUUUGGUCGCACUCAUCACAAUGAACUACCUUCAACUCAAGGAAGGCGAUAGCAUCUAUAUCCCCGCAGAUGGCAUCCAUGCAUACCUCUCUGGGGACAUUAUCGAAUGUAUGGCGCGGUCUAACAACGUUUUGAACACAGGAUUCUGUCCUCGCGCAGACCGUGACUCUGUCGAUAUGUUCUGCUCCUCCCUCACGUUUACGCCGCAUGACGCCAAAGAGGCGAUGCUGCCUUCGACAAAGUUUGACAAGAGCAAGCAGGGUAGAUCGAAACUCUAUGCGCCACCGCUGAGCGAGUUUAGCUUGUAUGCUACGACGUUGGACAAUGGCGAGUCAGAGGCAAUCGCCGAGGUGGGCGGGCCCAGCAUCAUGAUCGUGACUGAGGGUGAAGGCAGGUUGAAGGCGGAUGGGAGCGAGUACAAGCUUAGUGCUGGAUAUAUUUUCUUCAUUGCACCAGGUGUAAAGCUGGAGUACGAGGCGACGGAGGCUUUUAAAGCCUUUACUGCUUUCGUCGAGUAG